UGGGAUUAGAGUUUCCCGCAAGCGUACGAUCUGGUUGCAUGUUGUCGGCGCUUGGAAGAUGCUACAAUCAGUUGAAUGAGCUUGGAUACAGUGGGGUCAAAUGGAAUGGACUGCAAAGGCCGGUCUUUGCCAUUGAUCCCAGAGACCUUGAACCCCAUCAGCAUGAAGCAGACCUCAGAGUCACUGGGCAGUCGCAAGAGCCGAUCAGACAAGAGCACUGACCCCCUCCUGAUGGACAAGGCUGCUGCCCAACUAGCUGCCACUUUUCAGGAUAGUGUCCUUCAGAAGAUGGGUAGCCACAGUCAUGAGAGGCUGAAGGACUUGACUUCCCGUGUUCUGAAUGGUGAGCAGGAGAAGCUGCCCAAGCUGUGCGGAACUGAUGCUCCCCUCCUGAAGGGGGCAGACACCCCUCCUCAGCAUGCUAGUCCCCAGAGGAAGAGCACCUCCCCUGAACUUAAGCUGAAGAUCACCAAGAUGGUACCCAAUGGCAAACCACGCUUUGAGUCCUGCUUCAAUGAGGAUGGUGAACGCCUGGACCCUACAGUGGCUCCAGGGACUCCCAGCAAGAGGAUGGUAGGGAAGAAGAAAAGGAAAAGGCCAAUGAGGUCAGGACCCAAGGCCAAACCCAGUCUCCUGCCUGUGCCAGUGGUGUCUUCUGUGAGCUUGAAGGCAGAGGACGUUGUUGAGACUCCAGACAAGGCGUGCCAGCAGCCUGAGCCCCUGCCUGAGGUGAGGGAGGAGGGGAAGUUGGGGGUGCGCUUUUGUGUUGGAGAUGUUGUGUGGACCAAGGUGUCUGGGUACCCCUGGUGGCCAUGCAUGGUGACCACGGAUCCAGCUCUCAACAAGCAUGUCAAACACAAAGCUGUCAAUAGCCGAACAAGUCUGCUGUACCAUGUGCAGUAUUUCGGUGACACCCCAGAGCGAGGUUACAUUUUUGAGAAGAGCGUGGUGCCAUUUGAGGGUGAAGAACAAUACCAAGAGCUGUGCCGGGGUAGGACCAAGCAAGCCACCUCUCGUCCCGUUCGCAGAAAGAAGCCUGGCUCGGUGCCUCUCAGGUUGCGGGCCCAGUGGAAUGCAGGUGUGUUCCAGGCCGUGGCAGCUGCUGGCAUGGCACAGGAGGAACGAAUCGCCAAAUACACCUUCACUUACAUCAGUGGCCGGCCACAUCUCAACCCCCAUGUGCGGGUGGAGUUGGGUUUGGAGCAAGGCCAGGGUGACAUGCAGCCCAGCCCGCUGCCCUCUUCCCAAAGCUCCCACCCCAAGGAAGGUGCCCCUCCCUCUGACCCCUCUCCCAACAGUAGCACUUCUCGGAGUAAAAAGACUCCUCUCAAAAAAGCCUCCAGCAGCACAAAACGAGGACAGCAACAGAAGCAAUUACUACCUACACAAAACAAACCAAAGCGGCAGGUAGUCCCACAGGGUCCUUCCUCUGCCUCCACUGAGGACAAGAUGUGCAAACCCAAGGCACUCAAACCAAGGGCAAAAAGCCACAUAGGGAAGAGCCAGGCAGUGGACUAUAGCACAGAAACUCCUCUGCUUCAGCCCCCAGACCUCUCAGAUUCAGCCAAGAAACCGGCUAAGUCCAGAUCUCAUCCUGCCAAGGAAAGGAUAAAGUCAGAUUGCAAAGGGCAAAGAAAGUCAAAUAUGCUGAAGAAGCCCUCCAAGAGACCACUGAGUGUGACAGGCAUGGAAAAAGCACAACACCCCAAGAAAAGGCUGAAAGUGGACAGCAAUUUGAGGAAGCAAAAGGCUGAUUCCACUGCGCUAGUGAAAAGGAAGUUAAAAAUAAAACCGACCACAGAAAGGAAGAGAGAGCCUGAGCACUCCCCAUGCAAGCUCUUUGAGCACACACUGCCUGAGCCUGAGCCACUGAAGAAGCGCAGGAGGGUUUCGGGCACGCAGUCAACGGCUCCAGGACCCAGGAAGAGGCGUCUUCAGUCCUGCCUGGAGCCAGAGGUGCGGGGGGAGUGUGAGCGCUCUGAGUCCCCCAGUGACAGCACUGACGAAACACACGCUGCCAAAAAGGGUGACCGUGGGACCAGCACCAAGAAGGAGAACGUCUGCCAAGUGUGUGAAGAAAGUGGGGAGGCCCUGCUUCUGUGUGAGGGCCAGUGCUGCGGGAGCUUCCACCUGCACUGCCUGGGCCUUACCUGCAAGCCCCAGGGCAAGUUCCUUUGCCAGGAGUGCAGCACAGGUGUGCAUCCCUGUUUCUCCUGUAAGCAGACGGAUGGAGAGGUGAAGCGCUGCAUGGUACAGCAUUGUGGGAAAUUCUACCACGAAGCUUGUGUUCGCCUGAGUGCCCUGUCUGUGUUUGAGAGUAAGGGCUUCCGCUGCCCACUGCAUGCCUGCCUCAGCUGCUACUUCAGCAGCCGCUCAAAGCUGAAGUCCAUGAAAGGUAAAAUGAUGCGUUGUGUACGAUGUCCUGUGGCCUAUCACACUGGAGACCUCUGUGUUGCUGCUGGGAGUGAGAUGCUCACCCCUACCUCCAUCAUCUGCACAAACCACUUCACUGCGAAGAAGGGCUACAGCCAUCACACCCAUGUCAAUGUCAGCUGGUGCUUUGUCUGCUCUAAAGGGGGAAGUCUACUGUGCUGUGAGUCCUGCCCUGCUGCUUUCCAUCCUGACUGUCUCAAUAUUGCCAUGCCUGAUGGCAGCUGGUACUGCAACGACUGCAGGGCUGGAAAGAAGCCCAAGUAUAGGGACAUAAUCUGGGUCAAGUUGGGCAACUACAGAUGGUGGCCUGCAGAGAUCCGACACCCACGCAGCAUCCCCUCAAAUAUUCAGCACCUGCGGCACGAGAUUGGCGAGUUCCCCGUGUUCUUCUUCGGCUCCAGGGACUACUUUUGGACCCAUCAGGCUCGAGUCUUUCCUUACAUGGAGGGUGAUCGUGGUAGCAAGUAUCAAAAGAAUGGCAUUGGCAAGGUCUUUAAGAAUGCCCUGCUGGAAGCAGAGGCACGCUUCAAGGAGAUCAAGAUGGAGCGCGAAGCCAAGGAAGCUCAGGAGAGUGAGAGGAAACCUCCACCCUACAAGUAUAUUAAGGUUAACAAGCCAUGUGGCAGGGUACAGAUCUACACAGCAGACAUCUCUGAAAUCCCAAAGUGCAACUGCAAGCCCACAGAUGAGAAGCCGUGCGGGUUUGAGUCAGAGUGCCUGAACCGCAUGCUUAUGUACGAGUGCCACCCCCAGGUCUGUCCAGCUGGCGACCGCUGCCACAACCAGGGCUUCACCAAGCGGCAGUACCCUGACACAAAAAUCACCAAGACCGCUGGCAAGGGCUGGGGCCUGCUGGCCCUCAGGGACAUUAAGAAGGGGGAGUUUGUGAACGAGUACGUGGGGGAGCUGAUUGAUGAAGAGGAGUGCCGGGCCAGGAUCAAAUAUGCCCAGGAGAAUGACAUUACACACUUCUAUAUGCUAACCAUAGACAAGGACCGAAUCAUUGAUGCUGGACCCAAAGGCAACUACUCCCGUUUCAUGAACCACAGCUGCCAGCCAAACUGCGAGACCCAAAAGUGGACAGUUAAUGGGGACACUCGGGUUGGGCUGUUUGCCAUCUGUGACAUCCCUGCAGGCACAGAGCUCACCUUCAACUAUAACCUGGACUGUCUGGGCAACGAGAAGACCGUGUGCCGCUGUGGAGCCCCCAACUGCAGUGGUUUCCUUGGAGAUCGCCCCAAGAACUCCAGCAGCCAGGCCUCUGAGUGAAGGAAGAAAAACCAAGAAGAAGCCACGGAGCGCAAGUCUCGCACUGAAGGGAAGAAGGGGUCAGAGGAUGAGUGUUUCCGCUGUGGUGAUGGGGGUCAGCUGGUGCUGUGUGACAAAAAGAGCUGUACCAAGGCUUAUCACCUGUCCUGCCUGGAUCGCACCAAGCGCCCCUUUGGCCGCUGGGAUUGCCCUUGGCACCACUGUGAUGUCUGCGGGAAGAACUCUGAGGCCUUUUGCCAGCUCUGCCCUAACUCGUUCUGCAAGGACCACCAGGAAGGGGCGCUGCGUGUCUGGGCACCCACAGGACAGUUGUGUUGCCAAGAACAUGAGGAGAUGGAACUUCGGCCCAUUCUGGACAGUAGGGAGGCCGAAGUACCCUCUAUUGAAGGGCCUAGGGUCCCCAAAAGCUACAAAAAAGCUUAGAGGGAUAGAGACUGCAGUGUUCUAUUGUUUGUACUGCACUGUACAGAAAUCAUGCAAAAUGUCUUCAGUUGCCAGCACUGUACAGCUUAUGUUGUUAUCAGGGAAGCCCAGUUGCCUUUGAGUUCGACUGAGCCACUAGGAAAGGUCCAUUUUCUUAGCUUUUUACAUUUGUUUUUUUUUUUUUUUUUAAUGCUUCUACACUGAUAAGCAAAUGUGGUAAGCACAAAAAAGGUGACUACGCAACAGAAAACCACCUCAUAACACAGCAUUACAGUCAAACUUGAAUUUUUUUAGUUUUCUCCUGAGAGAAUUCAUUUUUAUACGGUAGAAGUAUAUA